AUGGCGGCUACCGAAAAGUCUGGUAUCAGCCUUAUGAGCCAAUACAAUAUCGUUCUACCGAAAAGGCAGGCGUAUGACUCUUCCGGCAAACCUAUACCUAUAUGCGACCCCGAUCAAUGUGCUGCGGCAAUAAAGGGGGAGGAUCUCCCCGUCGAUCUAAGCUCGUUUUGGCAUCAGAGAGCAGUUAUCCGUGGGAUUCGUGAUUCACUUCAAUUUGCAACAAGCCCGGCAAUUCUUGAGCUAUGCUCCGGCGACGAUGGUCAGUCCCAUCAAUUUUCCCGCGCCCGCAAUGCUCGCCUGAUAAUGAGUGAUAUAAUCCCCGAUAUGCAAAAUCCUGCCACUCAGCCGUACUGUAUCUGGUAUCCCGACCUUGCAUCAGAAGAAACAUAUCGCGAAGUUGCCCGUCGGCAUCCGUCUAUACGGUAUCAAGUGGGCCAAGCGUGUGCUAUAGCAUGCUAUACAGAUCUCUACAAAGAAUUGGACCUUUUGCCUGACGUUUCUAUUGCGGAAGAAUCCCGCGAAGUUGACAAAGACGCCGAAAUCUACAAGAUUAUCGCUUUGGGACAGCGAGUUCUCCCUAGUAAAAAUUUACCAGAGACGACUGCUAAUGAUAUUGACAUCGAGGAAGAUAGAUUUAUCGGCUUUCAAGAUAUCAGCUUGAAGGACAUCAGCGGAAUGGAGGACUACGCUGAACUAGGCCUAGGCCAGUCCGAUCAACUGUGGAUGCCUCUUCCGCCUGAUCUCCCAAAUCUUGAAAAGCGCCUUCAGACACAGAUAGCCGCGUGGGAGGGCAAUGUGGAUCGAUACAGUCGACUAAUGCACCCACGCAGGCUGAGAACCAAACUUGAAUACAAUUGUGUUCUUCGUGGCGUUUAUCACAGUACAACCUUCGCCAGAUGGUGGGCCUAUCAGCUGGAAACAAACCCUAGACGGGCUAUCCUCCCAGGUAAAUUGCUCAGCCAAGGCAAUGAACGGGAGUGCAGAGAGAUUCGCACUGCGAUUAAUGCCCGUAUGAUAAUGAAGAAUGAUAUCUCUGGUAUCGACGAUGACUCGGACUGCCUCCCGUGGGUCAUAUGGGGGCCCGUGAAGCCCUCUGCGAACACUUUAGCUGAUCUGGUUCGAAAGUGUCCGUCUAUGGGACAUCAAGUUGCGAUCACUUGUAUAAUGUGUGAUUACGGUUCGAUAUUCCGAAGUUUGAAGCCCCCCUACACCAGAUCCUUGUAUGUGGCUGCCAGGCGAAGUGAAAAUCCAUUCUACCUACAAUACCUUGAGAAAAUCAUGAAGGAUCGCGACAUAACUCCCCCGGACUUUCACUACUUCAAGGACUUUGAUCACACUGCACCAGGCUUACAGACUGAUCUGGAGCCUAGAGAUGAUCUCACUGGUCCCACUGUUAGCUACCAUGACAUGGAGAUCGGGUAUGGGCAAUAUCCCUGUGGAAAUGAACACGAAGAAACUCGAGGUACAUAUGGAGGCGGGCUAGCAAAUCCGGGAAUGGUGGAGAGAUACAUGUGGCUCUCAACUGAAACUGCACAGAAGUUGAAAGAUGAACUUGACGCGCCCUACCCAGGUGCGGAUAUUGGUCUUUUGUAUGAUGAUGAAGAAUUUCGAUCCAAGCUUUCACGCCGUAUACAGCCCAUGGAUCGGUAG